AUGGAGUUUCUUGAAAGAACUUACCUUGUGAAUGACAAAGCUGCCAAGAUGUAUACCUUCACACUGGACAGUGUGGAGCUUCAACACAAACCUGUGAAUAAAGAUCAGUGUCCUGGAGAAAGGGAAGAAGAGCUGGAAACAGAGGGCAUCUAUCAUUGCCACAGCAACUCAAAGGCCACAGAAAACAGGGCACAGGAGCAAGUGCAUACCAAGUGGAAACUUUGUGCUGCCUCUGCAGUAUGUUUUGUUUUCAUGAUUGCAGAAGUUGUGGGUGGACAUCUUGCUGGGAGUUUGGCUGUCAUCACUGAUGCUGCCCAUCUCUUAAUUGACCUGACCAGUUUCUUGCUCAGUCUCUUUUCCUUGUGGUUGUCAUCAAGGCCCCCUUCCAAACGGCUGACAUUUGGGUGGCACCGAGCAGAGAUCCUCGGUGCCCUGCUGUCAGUCCUUUGCAUCUGGGUGGUGACGGGUGUGUUGCUGUACAUGGCUUGUGAGCGCCUGAGGUACCCUGAUUACCAGAUCCAGGCAACCAUCAUGAUCAUCGUUUCAAGUUGUGCAGUGGUGGCCAAUGUUGUACUCGCUGUGGUUUUGCACCAGAGAUGCCUUGGCUCUCCUUUCAGGGAAGGACAAGCAAAUGCCAGUGUGAAGGUAGCUUUUUUGCAUGCCCUAGGCGAUGUAUUUCAGAGCGCCAGUGUGCUUAUCAGUGCCCUUAUCAUCUACUUUAAGCCAGACUACAAAAUUGCUGACCCAAUUUUCACGUUUAUUUUUUCCAUCAUGGUUUUGGCCAGUACCCUCAUGAUCUUAAAAGACCUCUGCAUCUUGCUUAUGGAAGGUGUACCAAAGGGCCUGAGUUACAAUGGCAUGAAAGAGCUUCUCUUAGCAGUGGAGGGUGUGGUGUCAGUGCAUAGCCUGCACAUCUGGUCUUUAACAACAAACCAAGUGAUUCUCUCAGCCCAUGUUGCUGCAGAGGCCAGCCAGAACAGCCAGACUGUGCAGAAGAAGAUUGCUCAAGCCCUACAAAGUACCUGCACCAUGCACACACUCACCAUUCAGAUGGAAUCUCCAGUUGACCAGGAUCCCAAUUGCCUUUUCUGUGAAGACCCCCAGGACUAG